GAGCGCCGGGCCGGGCUGGGCCGGCGUCCCCUCAUUACCCACCACGUUCCUCGGGCCGCGGCGCAUUCCCCGCUCCCUGCCAUGAGCUGGGACGGCGCCGGCGAGGAAGUCCGGCUCCUUCUGGACCUAUGCCUUCAGUGCUUGACAAAGAACCUUUCCAGAUACUCUGCAGAUAUUAAGUCAUUGCCACCCAAUAUAAAGGAUAAACUGAUCAAAUUAAUGAGUAGGCAAGGGCAAAUAACUGAUGCAAAUAUCAGUGAGGUAUUGCACCCUGCUGUGGAGUCUCUGGACCUCCGAGACUGUGAUAUUUCAGAUAAGGCAUUAUUGCAGCUUUGUCACUGCAAGCAGCUGAAAAAAAUCAACUUAAAUUCUUGCAAGGAGAACAGAUUUGGAAUUACUUCAGAAGGAGUCAUAGCACUGGCCUUAUCCUCUCCCUACCUGCGUGAAGCCUCUUUCAAAAGGUGCUGUGAUAUAACUGACAGAGGAGUUCUGGCUCUUGCACUCAACUGCCAAUUCCUGCAAAUAGUGAACUUGGGCAGCUGCUCAGGCAUCACGGAUGCAUCUCUGCAGGCACUAGGAGAAAACUGCAAAUUUCUUCACAGUGUGGACUUCUCAUCUACUCAGGUAACAGAUGAUGGCGUUGUAGCACUAGUGAGUGGAACAUGUUCAAAUAAUUUAAAGGAGAUCCACAUGGAGCGCUGUGUUAAUCUGACCGACGUCGCUGUGGAAGCCGUCCUUACUUGUUGUCCCAAGAUACACAUUUUUCUGUUCCAUGGAUGCCCACUGAUAACAGAUCGGUCCCGAGAUGCUUUAGAGCAACUCAUCAUAUCAAACAAAAUCAAGCAACUAACAUGGACUGUUUACUGAUUAUUUAUCCUGUUCAUGUGACUGUCAAGUUUACAGGUGGAGAGCUCCUUCAGCAAACAAGCACCUUGGAGAACUACCUGGUGACUUUUGUUCCACCAGGCUGCAUCCCUCCUGCUUCCCACUGGAGGUCUCCAUUGCCAUUCCAGUCCUUGCCCGUGAGCCUGGGCUUCCUUAUUGUCUUUCCUUGGAGCCCUGUCUGUGUUUCCAUUGAUCAUACUUCAUUAAGAGGAAAGUUAAACUAUCUAGGGCCGUUGCUCAGGCUUCCUGAAGUGCUGGAUUUGGCUGCUACUUAGUAUCCUUUAGCAAUUUAGCCACAAACCCAGUUUAGGUAAGCGUGUAUUCUGAGUUUGUAUUCUGGCGUAGUACUUAAAAUUAAAAGUACCCAGCUCAAAUGUAAUAUUGACACAUAGCAGUGUCUGUGAAGUUGGGAGUUGAAUCUAACAAAAGUCAACAGUCAGAACUGGUGAAUGGAGGUGGUAUUAACAGUGAUACAAAGGUACUUUCAGUAGUAACAAAGAAUCUCCUUUCACCAUGUACUUUACUAGGUCUGGAAUAAAAAACUUAGGUACCUUUUUCCUGAUGUUACUGAUGCUGCAGGUUUCUGUUCUUACUUACCAUCAAAUACUUGCUGGAUUUUUACACAUCCAAAUGUAGAGCCUGUGAAUGUGUAAACAUAAACUUGCUUUGGAAUUGUUAUGGUGACUUUACAAAUUUCAGAGUAGUAGCUGUGACCAAAAACAGGAUUUUAUACAUGGGCAAAUAAAAUAUUUGCCCUGGCUUUUGCCUUUGUUUCUACAUGAAAAUCCUUUUAGAGAACAAAACACUGGUACUCAUAAGCAUAUCUGUGAAUGAAAUAGGACCAAAUGUAGUGUGUGAGCACAUAAAUCUCAGGAUGGUAGAGUAUGUGUUCUGCUGUAUGCAGUUCAUUACAUAUCCAGCUGAAAAUAUCAAUUCAUUUAUUGUUCAGUUAUAGUAAUAUUAAAAAAUAAUUUUUGAACUGUAGCAUGAGUUUAUUACAUAAUGGAGCAGUGCUCUCAUCUCAAUUAUAAGUCAUGUUCCUUGGCUUUCUUGAACCAGCAUAACCUCUAGUCAGAGUUCUAUGAUUUCUGCAUUAAGCUCCUUAAUGCCAGCCAUUUUAGCUUUAUAAGGGAAUGGAGCACACUGGGUUUAUUCUCUGGAUCUGGAAGUAGAAGGGUUUAGCUAUGGUGGUCUAACAUGGGUUUGAUGAUGUCUGGAAACCUAAAGAGUGGCAGUCAUAAGGAAUAUGUUUACCAUUUAACUCUUGUCAUAGCCACACCUAAGCAUUGCAGAAAUAAACCAGUCUUAUAUUAAUCUAUUUCAAGUUCAGGUCUAAUUGCAUGGAAGGUAAUUUUUGUUGCCAAUAUUAAAUGGUAUUAUGACGUCUGACAAUAAUAUUUGUUCUUCUGUUGAUUAUAUGGUUUAUGAAAGUGCAAGACUAUUUAGAAAAAUCGUUCAGGUGUCAGUAAAAGUGUAUUUUUCCAAGACCAGCACCUAAAUCCCUUACACCCUUGUUGCAUGGCUCCGCCCAGUGAUGAAUAUUUUCCUGUGAUCCCUGUAGGUGUAACUGCACCAGUGCAAACCAUUGAUUUUAUUUCUUUCUGUUGUUGUUGUUGUUGGUGUUUUUUUUUGGUUGGGGUUUUUUUUGUGGCAUUUUUUUUGUGUGGGGGUUUUUGGGUUUUUUUUGU